AUGGCAAGUAACAGAAAGGUAGCACUGGUGACGGGGUCCAACAAGGGCGUGGGGUUUGCCGUCGUCAGGGCGUUGUGUAAGAGCUACGAUGGGGACGUCUUCCUUACAUCUCGGGAUGUAGGUCGUGGGCAGGCGGCCAUCGCUGACCUAAACAAGGAAGGAUUGCAGCCCAAGUUCCAUCAGCUGGACAUCAGCGACCGGUCAAGCAUUGAGCGACUUAAGUCCUUUCUACAGUUCACCUAUGGGGGGUUGGAUGUUCUGGUCAACAAUGCCGGAAUAGCGUACCAGGAAGAUGACCCAGCCUCUUUCUCGGAACGUGCUGAAGUUACGUGUAAAACGAACUUCUCGGCCACCCUGGAUGUUUGCCGUGUUCUGUUCCCCCUGCUCCGACCUCACGCCAGAGUUGUGAACGUCUCAAGCUUGGUAUCUCAGUCUGCCAUCACAAGAUGUUCUCCAGCUGUUCAAGGUCGCUUGAAGGACCCCGGCCUGACAAUGGGUAGUCUCGAGAAGAUCAUGCAGGAGUUUGUGUAUGCUGCCAAGGCAGGUACUCACCGGGACCAGGGUUUCGCCAACAUACCUUACGGAAUGUCCAAGAUCGGGGUCACUGCCAUGUCCUUCAUCCAAGACAGAGAUAUCAGGAAGGACUCAAGAGAGGACAUCGUCAUCAACGCGUGCUCUCCUGGGCGUGUGGCAACAGACAUGACCAGCAAUAAAGGAACGAAGACCAUCGAUGAAGGUGCAGACACCCUGGUCUAUUUGGCCCUCCUUCCCCCCAACACCACAUCCCCCAGAGGCAACUUAGUCGCGGACAGAAGAAUCCAAAACUGGGGAUAGCAUGUCACUACCAGAAAGUGUUGGAGAACCUGUACGUUA